CACACACACACACAUAUUCAUCCAUCAUGGAAGUGUUGCUCUGCAUGUCGUUGUUUGCUGCUCAAGGAGUGUGGAGCUUUGAGGAAGGUGUUUGGGCGGUGCACAUGCAAGCAGAGGUGCGAGCCCUGGCGGGCCACCCAGUGGUGCUACCCUGCACCUACAGCCACCCGCCGCAUUCCCAUCAUGCCUCAGUGCAGGUGCGCUGGCGUCGGGACGGCAGCCCAGGUGCCAUCGUCCUCUACCGCUGCACUGGUAAAGUCCCUGUCUGCGAGCCUGGCCCCCAGCAGGACCCGCGGUACCGAUUAGAGGGUGACCCCCGCCGGCAUGAUCUGUCACUGCGUAUCAACGGCGCCGCCCUGGGGGACAGUGGACGCUAUUACUGUGGGUUGGAGGUAGAGGGAAGGGAUCACAAGACCGUGGAGGACAACAUGGGGACUUGGCUGAGGGUGGAGGCGCCGCCCAACAUCCUGUCCCUCCAGGUGGACGCCGGCGAAGACUUAAGAUACGUGGCCGAGUGCCGCGUGGCAGGCUCGCCGCCGCCCGACAUCCAGUGGCUAGCGCCCGAGCAUCCGCUGAAAGGUUCUACGGCAGGCCCGCUCAGUCUGGGUGACGACCUCGUUGUUAGCCGGCUGCAGGAUGUCGAACCCGGGUGGCAGGUCACAUGCUCUGCCUCCAACCCGCUCGGCAAAGAUAAAGCCACCCUCUACCUGCUUCCCCUUCCGACACCCCCAACCAAGGAUGGCGCACCGUCCCAUAUCCUCCUUCUGGUGAUUCUUUCUCUGGGGUCCAAGGUAAUUAUGCUGCUGGGGAUUGGGGUCUGGCUGGUGUCUGCAGGCGCCCUCUGGUGGAAGUGACGGCACCCGUUCGCUGCCCUGCCUGUUAGCCCCCUAGAAUAAAGUCCAAUAAAGUUUUGAUGGUGUUUGUGCUGUCA